AUGCCCUAUCCGGGUGAGAGUGGUCUCGAAUCGCUGGGCUCAAACAAUUCAAUCGAAGAGGUUCAAGCCAUGCUCAAUGCUCGAUAUCCAGAUGCCUACGCGGUGUACAACUUGAGUGCGCGAACCUAUCGAUCCGAUCGGUGGUUUGAUGGCCGCGUCUCACACAGGGUUUUCGAACCGAAUCGUGCACCCGCUUUGCGCUCACUGAUGGAGCUCUGCCUGAACGCCCGAUUGUGGUUAAGCCAGAAACCGGAGAAUAUCUGUGUGAUUCACUGCACAGACGGACGGGCGUUGUCCGCGAUCUUGGUCUGUUCCCUGUUAUGUUUCUGUCGUCUGUUUGACAAUGUGUCGCCGGCACUGCAGCUGUUCUCAUCCAAACGGGGCAAUCCUCAUUUGUCCCCGUCACAAAUUCGUUAUAUCGAUUACGUAGCCCAACUGGCUCAUGGUCGUAUUUCUCCUCCACACCAACGUCCUUUGAAGUUGAUCAAACUGACUGUCGCUCCAGUGCCCACAUUUAACAAGUCUAAAUCCUACGUGUUGGAGGAUGGUAAAAUUGAAUUGUUACUCAAUGGAACUGCAGUAAUGGGUGAUCUAACUGUGGUGAUUUACCACUGUCGUUCAUCGUUUGCCGGUCGAAAUAAGAUCGCAUCGGUCAAAAUUGCCCAAUUUCAAUUGUAUACCGGUUUCUUGGAACCACAGCAGUCCGAGCUAAUCUACUUUAAAUCCGACUUGGACUGUUUGGACACCAGUAGCGGUUUCGGCGGUUUCACCAGUCGAUACGCGGAAAGUUUCAACAUCACACUGGAAUUUAUGGUCUCUCCGAAAGAGCGUCCACGACAAGGCAACAAUUUAGUCUAUCCGUGGGAAAUGAUGCCCGGUCCGGAUGCGCUUCGACCAGAUUUAUGCGUCUCCUCGGAGCAAGAAUUGCACGCAUUGCUGGCCGAUUUCGGUCGUUUCAAUAUUGACCGUACGACAUCGAAGCGAACUCCACCAGCCCGCCCAAAGCCAGCCAAUCGGCCUGCCAGCAGUAGCGCAUCCAAUACUAACUCCAGUGGUGCACCUUCUACGGAUGUUUCACAUAACCUCGUUGGUGAUCUGUCCAACGGCAGUCAACGGGAAUCGAACACAGAAGAACUCAUCGAAUCACAAGACAAACACCCGGGAGUCGAUUCACCUCAGUCUAAUUCAGUUCCGAAACUGGAAGAGACGACAUCGGAUGUCUGGUCUCCCGAAGGGGCGCAGUUGCCUGAGCACAACCCGGCGGAAGAUUCUACUCCGGUUGCUGACCUGCUUGGAUUUAAUUCUGCGAACCCGGAUCCUCUGAUCAGUCGUGGUUCACCGACACCUCCACCUCCCUUAGAACAAACCAAUGUACUUAUUGACGUCGACCUUGCUCCCACUCCCUCUGAUCCACUACCACAAACAACUCCAGACGUCUCCGCUUUAGUGGACGACUUUUUCAAUGUGACCACCAAUCCAGAUAUAGCCCCAUCAGACAAACCUUCCGGGAUGGACGGCGUAUCAGUGGAUAAUAAUUGGGCCGCAGCGUUUGAUCUACCCACCACGCACGUACCGUCCAGUUCAAACAAUCCAUUCGACAUUUUCGGUGACACGACCACCACUACCACUGGACCGAUUCCAGUUGUGGACGAUUUCAUGGCACCGCCACCUCCAUCCGUACCACCUAUCUCCAAAGUAUCUCCGAGUAACGGGGAUCCGCCGCACUUCGACGCAUGGUGGGCCGAAACCGGUCCCGGUCACAUGAGUUCCUCAGCUAGUGCAACCAACCUGACUGCUGGGUCCACAACGACAGCAGCGACAGUCGAUCCGUUUGCCAACCUGUCCAAUGUGUUCGGUCGACCGCACGACUCCAGUCGAUCUCGUUCAACCGCUGCAGGUCCCGCGUCAACCGCGGCCACUAGUGGCGGUUUCUCCGCUGGACCCAGUCCAGUACAUCGGCCAACUUCCACUGGUCAGUUGUUUUGCCUUCAUUGCAUUCAUACUUAUUUAUAA